AAGGGCGCCUUCUUCGUGCUGACAAAAGCUCUCAUCUCUUAUUCCCCGUUCUUCCGACAUUUCACAGCCCACCUCCUCGUACAACACCCCAAAUUGCACUCCCCUCCCUAGCCACUCCCCACCCCUCGCCGGCGCGCGCGCGCCGUCUGUCCUAGGGUUUCCGCCGCCCCCACCCGGCUCCUCCUGUUCUCCCCUCGCCAGCGGCGAUGGCGUCGGCGUCGUCCCCGGCACCUGCGGCGGGGGCGGGGACCGGAGCCGGGGGCGGGAAGGACGACGAGCUCGCCGAUCUGGUGCGGCGCCUCGUGGACGCCCUCGCGCGCUACGCUGAUCGCCUCCCCUUCGACCUCGAUCGCCAGAAACUUCGUUCGCUUACCACACUUGCUGCGAUUGCGAUCACACUUCUGUUUGCCUGGAAAAUAUUGAGAGCUCCUCAAGAGCAACUUCAGAGGCCACGUAGAAGGGCUGCCCCAUCAUCAAGUAACACAAGCAGUAGAUCACGGCCAAGACCAGGUGCUUUGACCUCAACAGAUGCUUGCACAUCUUCAGCAGAUUCAAGAGCACAUGAAGCAAUAAAUCAGCUUUUCCAGCCAGUAAAUUUGACUCUUGAGCAGCUUGUCAGGCAUAGGCUGAGUGAAGGACGAAGGGUCACAUGCCGAUUACUUGGUGUGAUUUUAGAGGAAACAACUCCAGAGGAGCUUCAGAACCAUGUCACAGUGAGGCCUUCUGUUGUGGAGGUUCUCCUAGAAAUUGCAAAAUUCUGUGACAUCUAUUUGAUGGAGUGCAUUCUGGAUGAUGAAAGUGAGGAAAAGGUUUUGGCUGCCCUGAGUGAAGCUGGACUUUUUGCUAGUGGUGGCUUGAUAAAAGACAAGGUUCUCUUCUGUAGUACAGAAAACGGCCGUACAUCUUUUGUUCGGCAACUCGAACCUGAUUGGCACAUAGACACAAGUCCUGAAAUUGUUCACCAAUUAGCUAGGUUUAUCAAAUAUCAACUACAUAUUUCGCCACAGCGAUCAGAAAGAAUAGCAUCCAAUGUUUUCAGCUCUCAAAGCUUGGAACAGUAUUUUGGAGGCCUGGAUCAGAGAUGAUACGAGGUCGAACACAAGCAAGUCGUGGCAUAGUGAGAACUGAGCACACCAUUGUCCAUUCUUUUUUUUUCUCCUUGAAUGAUGGAACUAUUUUUCCUGUAUCGUGUGUAAAAGUCUCGUGGCAUGUACUACCCUUGUUCUGCAGUGCCUCAUAAGCUAUGGAAGCAGGUAGCAUCUGUAGUAUACUUGAUGUAUCAAUUGUGUUCAUGUUAUCAUGUAGAACCAUAUAGUACUUCUAA